CCUGGACCGGAGUAACAUUAUAUGCAGAUUUUAGUUAUGCUAAAUUACUACUCCACUCCGCCGGAGGUUAUCACCGUUCCAAAACGUCUCUUCGUCUAUCCAAGUUCGUCGAGCUUUCGGCUUUGCCAUGGACGCGGCCACUUUAAGCCCCCUCUAUACAUCUAUCUUUCAAUUCCACCAGAAGCCAUUUCCACUUCGAGGAGGUCAUCGCUUAUUGUACAAGGAGGCAAGCCUUUCCCUAUCGUAUCCUAGAUUACAUCAUCAUCCGAGACAAAGAAUUUCGCUUGCUACGACCACCUUUCAGCACUUAUUCCGCCGGAACCGUGUGCAUUGUUUUAGCCGGUCACCGAGAAAGUUUAUUAAUGCUGAUUCAGUCGGCUUUGAGCUGUCCCAUCCCCAGACGCUCAUAGUGGGUUCAGGCAGUGAAAAGAGAUCGGUUGUGGUGCGAGACGAGGAAUCUGUGGCUGAAUCCUUGGCUCCUACGCCCGGGAAGUACAAAAACAGAUUUUUGAAUUUUGUUAGGAUUGGAAGUGUGGUGGAUAAUAUGGCUGACUCCUUCUUCAAGAGCGAGAUAAGGCGGAGGUUGUUCGUGACUGCCUUGCUGAUUGUGGUCAGUCGGGUGGGUUACUUUAUCCCUCUGCCUGGAUUUGAUAGGAGGUUGAUGCCUCAGGACUACAUGAGCUUUGCUUCUGGAUCAACUGAUGAACUUGGUGAUUUUUCAGCUGAGCUAAAGCUGUCACUUUUCCAGCUGGGGAUUAGUCCUCAGAUUGCAGCCUCCAUUUUGAUGCAGGUUCUUUGCCAUAUUUUGCCAUCACUUGUGAGGCUGCGAAAGGAAGGUUUAGAUGGUCAUGAGAAGAUCAAAGGCUAUAUAUGGUGGGCUUCACUAGGGUUUGCGGUGCUGGAGGCAGUUAUUGUUUCUUGCUACUCACUUCAAUAUUCAAUUUAUGCUGCGAGCCAAAGGUUCAAGCACGUUGUGAUCACAAGCUUCUUGUUGGUGAUUGGUGCAAUGUCCAUGACAUGGAUUUCUGACACUAUCUCAGAGUCUGGAUUUGGUCAUGGGUCUUCCUUGAUAAUAUGCGCUGGGAUACUAACUGGAUAUACGGAGACACUGUUCAAGAUGUUUUCUCAUUUUUCAGGCAAUGCAUCAAGCUUUUGGCCUUACUUAGUUGCAGUGAUUGGGAUAUUCACAGUUGUGACAAUGUGGGCCGUGCUAGUUACUGAAGGUUGCAGGAAAAUCAAGUUGAAAUACUAUGCUUUUAAAUUGGCUUCUGCAUCUAGAAGCGGGGGUUCUCCAAUCACUGAGGUGGAACCUUAUAUACCAUUCAACAUAAAUCCCUCAGGAAUGCAGCCUGUUCUUACUACCACCUAUCUGUUGGCUUUCCCUAGCAUUAUUGCAAGUAUUUUCAACUCGCCAUUUUGGGAAUACCUUAAGGAGAUACUAAAUCCUGCAAGUUCUAUUGGUGCAAAGCCAUGGGUCUUCUAUGCAAUUUAUGCAUUUUUUGUUUUCCUGUUCAAUAUAUUUGACAUUGUUGUCGCCUGCAUCUCAAAGCUUAUGACAAUAAACUUGGAACUUUUGGGGGCUAACUUGCCUAAAGAGAUUUCCGACUAUAUGACUAAAAUGGGAGCCCGAAUACCAAACAUAAAACCUGGGAAGGCAACUGUCGAGUACUUAACCAAAAUUCAGGCAUCAACUCGUUUUUGGGGUGGAGUAUUGUUAAGCAUAUUGGCCACCUCCUCUUCUGUACUGGAUCACAACUUACGCCAGAUGAAUGAGAAUUUCUCAGUAGGAUUUACAUCAGUGCUGAUCAUCGUUGGCUCGAUAAUCGAGUUAAGGAGAUCUUAUCAGGCAUACAAUGUAAUGCCUACUUUAAGCAAGGUUCUUAGGAGAUAUGGUGUCUAAGGCAGUCCAGAUGUUUACAACUUAAGAUUCAGGAGGAGGUCAAUGUGAUUUCCAAGCUACAACCUUCCUAAUCUUCAAAGGAUGUGUUUGUUAACAACUUAAUAUUUGGCUUAAAGUUAAGAUGCAUUUAUACUUAGAAGCUGUAUCAAAGGGGAGAAGCAAUUAUCAAAUGCCACUAUAUCAUUGAAGGAAAAGCAGCUUAGGGUUUUAUUGGCAACACAAUCAGGUAGAGAAUGUAAUUUUUUCAACAGAAAAUAUAUGCCAUAUUUAUUGUAUUGUAGCCUUGUAGGGGGUUCUGUAUGAAGGUUUUACAGCUUAUUCAGUAGAUUUGACCUACAGUUUUGCUUAUAUGACAUGCUUUGAAAGGGCUUGCAUUCCAAUUUGCACUGCUUGUACUGAUUUAUUAUAUUUUAAAGCAUGUUGAGUGUGAACCAACAUAUAUUGUUGAAGUAUUUUUGAAUGAUGUA